AUGAAAUUCGCAGCUUCUUUGGGCGCGCUGCUCGUCAAUCUCUCACUGUGGACGCUUUCCCUUGCAGCCGAGGACAGAUCUCCUGAGCGGGUAUGCUACGACGCGUGUUUCGCGUGCCUAAAGCCCGUGCAUUUCGACGACGUGCUCCGAAACCAAACGGGUUUUACAAAGACUUGCUACAGUCCCAAAGCGAUACUAUCGCUGUAUCUAUGUCUUGAUGUGUAUUGUACUCCUGGAGCGGUAGAGGUAGGGCUGGGGUCGUACAAUGAGACGUGUCGAGAGCAGGCGCAUAUUGUUUUACCGCCGUUUGACGUGAUUUCGAAUUAUACAGCCGAGGAUGUCAAGGGAGUGAGAAGAUUUGAGCAGAAUGAGACGGAUAAGGGGGUUUUGUUUAGAGAGGUUGUCGUGCCUUCUGAGCAUUGGUUCGGGAUCUGGUGGGAUACUUUGGACUCUGUGGCAUAUACGUACACUUACCAUGAUGUCUACGGGCGCGCCAUGAUCACUUUUUGGAUAGUCGUAGUAACCAUCGGUGUCUUGAAUCAUGCAAUUCUCCAUAUCGCCAACCUACAAAUGGUUCGCAACUAUUCUCCAAGAUCAGGCGGAAGAUUUUGGAACUUUUACAAUUGGGCACUCAACCGAAUCACGGUCCCGGCUUUUAUGGGGAAUCGAUGCGCGCAGAAAGUCGGCUGGGGAACAGUACCUCCCCAGGUACAGUCUUGGACUCUUUUUGCUUUCCUCCUUCUCAACAUCGCGUUGAGCAUCCUUGGAUACAGGAUUGUGCCAGUGAAUAUGUACUUUCCAUCGACGGCAAAACAGAUUCUUCGAUAUGUCUCAGAUCGCACGGGUAUUAUAUCGUGGGCCAAUUUCCCUGUUAUCUGGCUAUUUGGCAUGAGGAACAAUCUCCUUAUGUGGCUAACUGGUUGGGACUUUGGAACAUAUAACAACUUUCACCGCUGGGUUGCGCGAAUUGCAACUCUCCAAGCCGUCGUCCACUCUAUUGGGUAUACUUGGUUGAUCGUCUUAGAGGGCGGCUGGGAGUAUUAUCUAUUCUGGUGGAACUACAUGUUCUGGUGGGUUGGCGAAGUGGCAACGAUCGUCAUGUCUCUUCUCGUUGGAGCAUCAUUCUACUGGAUCCGGCGUCAGCACCACGUCUCCAUCUUCCAAGGUGAAUACGACGUAUUCUUCUGGGUCCCCUGCUUCAUCUGGGUAGGCGACCGCGUCAUCCGUGCUCUACGCAUCGCGGCUUUCAGCCCAAAGCUCUGGGACACCUGGGCUACAUCCAUUUACCAUCCAGCCUCCAACAUUGUUAGACUUGUCGUUCCGUGGUCAAGCAGCUUGUAUAAGCCAGCACCGGGAACAUUCUACUACAUCCAUGUUCUCAACGGACCUCGUUGCUGGGAAAGUCACCCCUUUACCGUGGCAAUGGUCACAGAUGAAGGGCAGCGUGGUUCAAAGUUACUGGGCGAACAAGUUCCCCUGCUCGACGGCACUGUUGCUGAGCAAAGCUCGGAUCCCGUUGACUCACAAGAUAUACUCAGCGACUCUCGCACAAUGACAUUCCUGAUCCGUCCCUAUGACGGCUUCACCUCCAGACUCCGCGACGCAGCAUCAACAGUCUGGCCUAAAAACGUCCCUCAGCGCGUCCUUGUCGACGGUCCGUACGGACACACUCGUCCCCUCCAUCUCUUCGACAACGUAACUUUCAUCGUCGGAGGCAGCGGCAUCGUCGUUCCCCUAUCAUAUCUCCAACGCCUCACCGGCCCAACGGCCCCUCGGUCCGUGAAAAUCCACUGGGCCGUUCGCGAACCCGCCUUCGCGCUCGACGUUCUACAAACCGACAUCGCUGACUCUUUGGGGAGCACGAACCUUAGUAUUGAGAUACAUCUUACGACACAUACGCCCCAAGAUGAACUGAGUGAGUGGCCGUCGCAGGUUACCUUGCGAAGAGGAAGGAUAGAUGCUUCGGAUGUGGUGAGGAGGAGGAGUGAAGAGGCGAUGGGAGAGAGUCUCGCGAUUAUUGCUUGUGGACCGGCGCAGAUGGCGGAUGAUGCGAGAAAGACAGUUGCUGAUUUGUUACGAAAUGGAGUUAUGAGGGUAGAGUACUUUGAGGAGAGCUUUCAGUGGUGA